CAUAACCUCACAGACACGCGAGUGUCAUCGAUGGUGUUUUACUGAAAGAAUGUCGAUAUUUUAAAUACGAUAUGAAAUAUGUAUCGCGUGUGCAUAAACUAUGUAACAUUUUCUAAAAAAUUUUUUACAAGAGAACUAAAAUAGAAUUUCGGUAAGAAGAAGGGUAGAGAGAAGAGAUAGAAAAUUUAUGGACGCUGAUACCGGUCUUAAAAGAAAACAUCUUCAGAAGAAGUGUAAAAGCGAAACAAAGAAACUGUAAUUAUUGCAAAUAUCGAAUGUCAACGAAGAUGCCAGUCUAUCAAGAAGCCGAACAAAUUCAAGCGCAAACGAUUAUUGUUAUUCAUCCGGGCUCCAUGUACCUUCGUAUGGGCCGUGCUUCUGAUCUGAAACCCGUUACAUUACUACAUGCCGUGGCAAGGAGACGUUUAUCGAAUGGAACAAAAUAUAAGGAUAGUCUCUUACCUCCAACUGUGACACUGACGAAGGAGUUAACGCAGGCGAUGGAGGAAUCUCGCCUGCAGGUAUCGCAUACUCUUCAGUCCUGUUUGCAGUCCGAUGGUAGCCGAAGGUAUGCGACACCACCGCAACAGAUAGCGGCUUUCAAUCGUCGAUCCAGUCCAGAAAUCUCCUCCCCUGGCGACAUGAAGUGGACAACGACCGAUCGCGAUAUAGUCGUCGGUGACGAUAUCUUGUCGUUAGAUCCGGCGGAGGAGAGCAAUUUUAAUAUUCAUUUUCCAUACAGAAGAGGGGAGCUUAAUAUACACUCGGGUCCGGGUGGCAGCAUGACGGCUGUCAUGGCGGAUUUAAAAACCAUCUGGGAAUACGUGCUGACUGAGAGGCUGGACAUUCCUCUCAGAGACUUGAAGCACUAUCGCGCGGUACUUGUUAUACCUGAUAUUUAUCAUCGGCCGUAUCUAAAGGAAUUGACAACGCUAUUGUUAGACGAGAUUGGCUUUGGACGUUGUAUUCUGUUGCAAGACCAUGUAGGCGCGAUGUUUGGAGCGGGUUUGGGCUACGCAUGUAUAGUAGACGUUGGCGCUCAAAAGAUAUCGGUAUCCUGUGUGGAGGACGCGAUCUCUCAUAAGGAUACGCGAGUGCGUAUGGAUUACGGCGGAGCGGACGUCACGCAGACGUUUCUCUGGCUCUUACAAAAAUCUGCAUUUCCAUACAAAUCAUGCGAUCCUACCAAUAAGUUGGACGCACUGCUCUUGGAGCAGCUGAAGAUAGAUUUUUGUCAUGUUGACUUAAACGUGUGCGGCUCACAAGAGAAAACAUUUGUUGUCAGAAAACCAAAACAACAAACAGAAACGUAUACGAUACAGGUUGGCGAUGAAUGUUUAAUAGCACCCUUGAGCUUAUUUCAACCUGAACUAUUCAGAAUUACCGGAACGCAUAACGUUCACGUUCAAAAACGAUCGUUAGGAGAUCCAGAAGAUCCGUACGAUGAGAACUACUUAAGAGAAACGAGUAGACGGGGGAUGAAAGAAACUCUGGAUCAUUCGUCAGAAAUGCAAGAGGAGACAGCGGCCGCACCUGCAACUGGGGGCGAUGACGAGGUUGUAGUUGACGCCGUCGAUCCUGCGCCUAGUUUGUUAAAUCGCGAUUUAGACGCUCCCCGUGAUUUCGUGAUCCCGCAGCAACUCUUAGGCCUCGAUCAAGCGAUAUUGCAGAGCAUUGAGCGAUGUUCUAACGAAGAUCUCAAAAGAAAAAUGUACAGCUGCGUGCUAGUCGUGGGAUCGGGUUUGAAAUUUAAAGGUAUCGGCAUGUGGCUUCGCAAUCGAAUAUCUCUUCAAACUCCUUACAUGUAUAGACCUGAGCAACUAGACAUUAUAACGCAGCCGAAAGAUAUGGAUCCUGGUAUGACGACGUGGAAAGGAGCAGGGAUUUUAAGCUGCUUGGAAUCGGCUCAGGAAUUGUGGAUCACUCGAACCGAGUGGCAUCGCUGGGGCGUUAGAAUAUUGAGAGAAAGAUCUCCUUUCUUAUGGUAGAAAAUAUUUUUAUAAUUUAUUAACAACUACUAUCGAAUGAGCGUUUUUUCUAUUUCUGACUUAUUAUCUGACUUAUGUUUGGCAUUUUUUUAUAUAUAUUAUACUGCAUCACAAAUGUAGCUCGAGAUUGUAAAAUAUUAGAUAAUUAUCGGAUGUUAUAAUAA